CCUCAUCCUCCCACCAUCACCACCUUCGCCUCCGGAAGUAAAACCUCAAAACCCACCGUCCCCGUGCGCAGACCGGCCCCCGGAACCACCCGAACCACCGUGCGCCCGCGAGGCCUUGACUUCCUCGUUCGAGCGAGUCAGCAUGGCGUUCCGGCUGAGCAACAACCUGAUCGGGAUCCUCAACGCGGUCACGUUCCUCCUCUCCGUCCCGAUCCUGGGCGCGGGCAUCUGGCUGGGCGCGCGCGGCGACGGCACCGAGUGCGAGCGCUACCUCUCGGCGCCUGUCAUCGCUCUCGGCGUCUUCCUCAUGGUCAUCUCCAUCGCCGGGCUCGUCGGCGCCUGCUGCCGCGUGACCUGGCUCCUCUGGGUCUACCUCGUCGCCAUGUUCGUCCUCAUCGUCGUGCUCUUCUGCUUCACCGUCUUCGCCUUCGUCGUCACCAACAAGGGCGCCGGGGAGGUGGUGUCCGACCGAGGGUACAAGGAGUACAGGCUCGGGGACUACUCCAACUGGCUGCAGAAGAGGGUCGAAAGCUCCAAGAACUGGAACAAGAUCAGGAGCUGCCUCCAGGACGGCAAAGUCUGCAAGAGCCUGCAGGACAAGAACGAGACGUGGACGCAGUUCAUGCGCUCCGACCUCUCCCCCAUCGAGUCUGGCUGCUGCAAGCCCCCCACCAGCUGCGGCUACACCUACGUCGGCGGCACGCAGUGGACGCCGGCGAUCGCCACCAACUCGACGGACCCGGACUGCAAGACCUGGAGCAACGACGCCUCGGGGCUCUGCUACGGCUGCCAGUCGUGCAAGGCCGGCGUGGUGGCCACGUUCAAGCGGGACUGGAAGCGCGUAGCCAUCGUCAACAUCGUCUUCCUCGUCUUCAUCGUCAUCGUCUACUCCGUCGGCUGCUGCGCAUUCAGGAACAACCGCAGGGACGGCAACGCCUACCGCGGCGGGUGGAAGGGCGGAUACGCUUGAUAGAUCCGUGAUUAUUUGGAGGGAGCCUCGGCUCCAUCAGCCGCGUUAUCGUCAUGAUUAUUGUUCUCUGCUCACAUAUCUUUAGGCUUGAUCUAGCUCUGUACAGGCGAGAUUAUAUUGCGGAUUCUUAUCGUAUACUAGUCACCUUAUGAGUUAUGAUCAGAAGUAGGUUUUGUACAUGCUGUUUAUUGAUACGACAUACCAUUGUAUUCUCAUGUACCUACCUUUAUUCAUGUGCUACUUUCGUUCA